UCACUUCCUUCUCAAUAAUUUUCUUUAAUAUUAUCACAAUAGUUGUCUUACACACUAUCAGUUUCAAUUGCCCUUUUCUUUCUUAGUUCUUGGUCUGUUUGUUAUGGACAAUCUUUAAUUUUUCUAUUCACAAAUUUAAUUAUUAGUAUAAGUUUACCCCACUGCUCCUCAUUGUAACACCUAGAACUCAGAAUGCCAACUGCAAAUCCUAAUGCAACUGAUGAAGAAAAUGAAUUAUUUGCUGAGGUUGAUCCGUCCGGGAGGUUUGGACGGUACGAGGAUCUACUUGGCCAAGGUGCAGUGAAGAUGGUGUAUAGGGCAUUUGAUCUCGAGGAAGGCAGAGAAGUAGCGUGGAAUCAGAUUAGAUUAAGCAAAUUCAGCGGCAACCCUUUCAUCAUCAAUAAGAUCCAUUCCGAAAUCGAGCUGUUGAAGAAUUUGAAGAAUGAUAACAUCAUUGUCAUGUACCAUUUCUGGAAAGACUGUGACAAGAACAUUCUGAAUUUCAUAACUGAGGCAUGUGCAUCGGGUAACUUGAGGGAAUACAGGAAGAAACAUCGUCAUGUUUCAAUCAAGGCCUUGAAGAAGUGGUCAAGACAGAUAUUACAAGGAUUGGAUUUUCUCCAUACUCAUGAUCCUUGUGUCAUUCAUAGAGACCUCAAUUGCAGUAACAUCUUUAUCAAUGGGAAUGUUGGAAAGGUGAAGAUCGGUGAUCUUGGUUUGGCAACGAUCGUGGGGAAGAGCCACGCAGCACAUUCUCUACUAGGGACACCAGAGUACAUGGCGCCAGAGCUUUAUGAAGAGAACUACACAGAGUUGGUGGAUGUAUACUCGUUCGGGAUGUGCUUGAUUGAAAUGGCUACUCUGGAGAUACCUUACAGUGAAUGUGACAGUAUAGCCAAACUAUACAAGAUAGUAACUUCUGGAAUAAAGCCUCGAGCUUUUAAUAGGGUGGGUGAUCCCGAGUUGAAGGCCUUCAUUGAAAGGUGUGUUGGGCGGCCAAGAGCGAGACCCUCUGCAGCUGAAUUGUUGAAGGAUCCAUUCCUUUCUGAUGUUGUCAGUUAUGAUGAUAAUGAUGUUAAUAGUUGAUACAUUUAGUUCAAGUGUUGAUAAUACAAGAUACAAAAGACAGUCUCAGCAUUUCUCUUUUAUAGCACUAUUAAGCUCAAGAUAACCUGUCUUCUUCCAACUCUAUAAGAAUUACAAAGUGUCAUAUAGUAAUCCUUUGAGGUGUAAAGUCUGAACUUUAGUUAGUUGAAUGUGUUUGACUUAGAUUCAAUUUCUA